CCUCUCUACGCCCUUCACCCAUCAAAAUCGGUCAUUAAGGCUCUUGGACGACGGCCCGGGCGUCUUACCUCUCCCCGUCGAGCGCGAGUUCCUCCCUCCCAAGGCGAAGCCGCGCAGUUACCCCGCCAUCAAUUUUGACUACUGACGUCCUGGCCCCAGACGGACGUCCGGUCACAUCAUAUAAACCCAGUCAACGUCACACAAAAGUCGCUCCCCCACGACCGAUCAGCGUUCAAACGAGUCGUCAUGUCUAACCUCAACUCCUGGGAAGACGACCGUGCUGCCCAGCAGGACGAUAACCUGUCGCGACAGGCCGAGCAGCAGCUCAACAUCAACGCGCAGCAGAACCCCCAAGCGCCGACCUUCCAACCUGGUGCUGCCAGCUUCCAGCCCUCGGCACAAACCUUCCAGCCAGGCCAGCAAUAUGGAGGCUAUGCGGCCCAGUACCAGCAGUACUACAACCAGGGUUACAACUAUCCUCAAUACGGCGGCGGACAAGGGUUUGAUCAGUACGGAGGACAACAAGGUUACGGACAGUAUGGUCAGCAAGGCUACAACCAGUCUUACGGCCAACAGUAUCCCCAGCAGGGUCAGCAAGGCCGCCAGGGUCAGCAGCAGCAAUACCAGCAGCAGCAGCAGCAGCCCCCCCAGCACCGACAGGCCCAAGCGACUCCGGCUGCCGCCGCUCAGCCGGCCCCUGCGACCGCUCCCGCUCCCCAGCCGUCAGUGAAGAAGGAGGGUGGUGUCAAAGUACUGAGCCUCGAUGGAGGAGACGCCGCCAAACCCAAGACUAAAGUUCUCUCCAUUGGCGGUACUGCGCCUGCCAAGGUCGAAAAGAAAGUCGUUCCGGAGGCGUCUAAGAAUGAUGGCGGCCCCACUGCAGCUGCCGUCGGCGCCAAGGCUACCGCAUCCAAGGCCAUCGAGAAAACGGGGGCAACGACCAAGAGUACCGCUAAAUCAGGAAAGACGUCUCCCUCGCCUUCCUCGGGGAGGUCUAGCCCCACGGCCGGUUCCAAAGGCGUGUCAUCACGGGCGGCAGAUGCUGUCGAGGCGGAGCAGUCCGCCGACGUCGAUGAGGACACCCUCAAGGAAGUCUACGGAAAGGAACACGUCAACAUCAUUUUCAUCGGCCAUGUCGACGCCGGCAAGUCCACCCUCGGCGGUUCCAUUCUUUACGCGACCGGCAUGGUCGACGAGCGGACCAUGGACAAGUACAAGCGAGACGCCAGGGAAGCCGGUCGCGAGACUUGGUACCUUUCCUGGGCUUUGGAUUUGACAUCGGAAGAGCGCACCAAGGGCAAGACCGUCGAGGUGGGCCGGGGCUUCUUCGAGACGGAGAAGCGGCGUUACAGCAUCCUCGAUGCACCCGGUCAUAAGACGUACGUACCCAACAUGAUUGGCGGCGCGUCACAGGCCGACGUCGGCAUCCUCGUCAUCUCGGCUCGCAAGGGCGAGUACGAGACGGGCUUCGAGCGAGGAGGCCAGACUCGAGAGCACGCCAUGCUUGCCAAGACCCAGGGCGUCAACAAGCUCAUCGUGGUCAUCAACAAGAUGGACGAUCCUACGGUCGAGUGGUCCCACGAACGAUACCUGGAGUGCACGACCAAGCUCGCCCAGUUCUUGAAGGGGACAGGCUACAAUCUGAAGACGGACGUAACGUUCAUGCCUAUUGCGGCGCAGCAGGGCAUGGGCAUCAAGGAUAGGGUGCCCAAGGAUAAGGCGCCGUGGUGGGAGGGCCCGUCGCUGCUGGAAUACCUGGACGGCAUGCAGGCGCUGGAGCGUAAGCUCAACGCGCCGUUCAUGAUGGCGGUCGCGGGCAAGUACCGUGACUUGGGCACCAUGGUCGAAGGCAAGAUCGAGGCCGGUGUGGCCAAGAAGGGCAUGUCGCUCGUCAUGAUGCCGAACAAGCAAACCGUGGAAGUGGCGGCUAUAUACGGAGAGACGGAAGAAGAGGUGCAGCUCGCCCAGUGCGGUGACCAGGUGCGCAUGCGCCUCAGGGGCGUAGAGGAGGACGAGCUCUCGCCGGGAUUCGUCCUCUGCUCGCCGAAGCGGUUGGUGCACACCGUGACGGCCUUCGAGGCGCAGAUCAGGAUCCUGGAACUGAAGAACAUCCUGACGGCCGGUUUCAACUGCGUCCUGCACGUCCACGCGGCCAUCGAGGAGGUGACCUUCGCGGCCCUCCUUCAUAAGCUGCAGAAGGGGACCAACCGAAAGAGUAAGUUGCCGCCGUCGCACGCCAAGAGGGGAGACAGCAUCAUCGCCCGCCUGGAAGUGACUGGCGGCGCCGGCGCGGUUUGCGUCGAGAAAUUCGAAGAUUACCCACAAAUGGGUCGCUUCACUCUCCGAGACCAGGGUCAAACUAUUGCUAUUGGCAAGAUCAUCAAGCUGAUCACGGAUGACUCGUCUUGAACCAAACGGAACUGAUAGAUGACCAAGGGCCUGUUUCUUGUGCCGAAACGUUGAAACGUCUUUGGAACCGGGUGAAGAUAGCAGUCUGUCGAAGCUUUGGCACAGAACAGCUGUGUCCGGGGAGGGGAAUAAAUGGAUCGCGGCAACAGUCCGAGGAAACAAUUCCCGAGACGAAGCGGGAUGCUAGCGAUGACGCGAGACCGGCAUGCCAGUAGUUGGAGCAGGGGGGCGGCUGGGGGGCAUAUGGUCGCCGUCAUGAUAGAGCCUUACGUGAAAUGCAAUAGAACGA